GAAGCUUAGUGAUCUUAUGGUGUUCUGAGUUCAAUAUGCUCAGCUAUGCUCCAUCUCAGACAGGCCUCAGCUCCACCCUCUACCCUCCUGAAAGAAAAAGGGGUGGCUUGGGUUUAAAAUAAAACAGUAAUGCCGCUCAGCAGUGUUAUAUAGAUGUAUUAAUGCACUGUUUUCUGCUAGGUUGUAAAUAUCAACUACAGAGCCAUAAUCAGCACAGCAAGGGGGCUGACUGUUUAGACCCGCCUCUUCUUUUUGCACCAGAUAUCCCUGGGAGAGACAGAGUAGUAGCGGAAGGUAGAGCCGAGUGAGCAUUUUUGUUGCUGGGAUGGCCAGGUGGAGUGUGUGGUCCAGGCCUGUGAUGUUGCCCCAGUUCUGGACAGGAGAACUGACAACACCAGGUGUCCGCUGCAGUAGUACGCCGGUGGUCAGACAGACUUACUCAGAUAGCAGCAGCAUUGUCAAGCCUUUCAGUGAGAUUCCUGGGCUGUGGAAGAAUGGGGUGGCAAACUUGUACAAUUUCUGGAAAUUGGAUGGCUUCAAAAAUCUUCACCGCAUCAUGUUGAACAACUUCAAUACUUUUGGACCCAUUUACAGAGAGAAAAUAGGUUAUUAUGAAAGUGUAAAUAUCAUCAAUCCUGAGGAUGCUGCAACCCUGUUCAAAGCAGAGGGCCAUUAUCCUAAAAGGCUGAAAGUUGAACCAUGGACAUCAUACAGAGACUACAGGAAUUGCAAAUAUGGAGUUUUACUGAAGAAUGGAGAAGAUUGGAGAUCAAACCGAGUGAUUCUUAACAAGGAGGUGAUUUCCCUGAAGGUGCUGGAAAACUUUGUGCCUUUGCUGGAUGAAGUGGGCCUGGAUUUUGUGGACAGAGUGAACAAAAAGAUCAACCGAAGUGGACAAAACAGAUGGACCACUGACCUCUCCCAAGAGCUCUUUAAAUAUGCACUAGAAUCAGUCAGCUCAGUGCUGUAUGGGGAGCGUCUGGGUUUGAUGCUGGACUACAUUGACCCUGAAGUUCAACAUUUCAUUGACUGCAUUACCAUCAUGUUCAAGACUACAUCACCCAUGCUAUACAUACCUCCUAGUCUGUUGAGGAAGAUUGGAGCAAAGGUGUGGCGUGACCAUGUGGAGGCUUGGGAUGGGAUUUUUAACCAUGCGGACCGCUGCAUCCAGAAGAUCUACAGGGACUUGCGUCAGGAGACUGGCACACCAAAGAAAUACCCAGGAGUCCUGGCUAGUCUGCUUAUGCUUGACAAGCUGUCCAUUGAAGACAUCAAAGCAAGCGUCACUGAACUAAUGGCUGGGGGAGUAGACACUACUUCUGUAACACUGAUGUGGACAUUGUAUGAACUGGCCAAGCACCCCAACCUGCAGGAGGAGCUGAGGGCAGAGGUGGCUGCAGCUCGGGCUGAAAGCCAGGGAGACAUGCAGGAGAUGCUGAAGCGGAUUCCCUUGGUUAAAGGAGCUCUGAAGGAAACACUGAGGUUACACCCAGUUGCAGUGAACCUGCAAAGAUACAUAGGAGAAGAUGUCAUUAUUCAAAACUACCACAUCCCAGCUGGGACUUUGGUGCAGUUAGGACUGUAUGCAAUGGGAAGAGACCCCAAGGUGUUUUCUCGUCCAGAGCAGUAUCGACCCUCUCGCUGGCUGAGGACAGAAACACAAUACUUCAGAAGCUUGGGCUUUGGCUUUGGCCCCCGUCAGUGUGUAGGACGCAGAAUAGCUGAGACGGAGAUGCAAAUCUUCCUCAUUCAUAUGCUUGAGAACUUCAGAGUGGAGAAACAACGCCAUGUGGAGGUUCAGAGUACCUUUCAGCUUAUUCUCUUACCAGAUAAGCCUAUAAUAUUCACCCUGAAACCUCUACAAUCUAGACUGUAACAGCAUGUU